AUGCCAGCCGCAACUCCGAAACCCACGAAGAAUCAACUGAAGAGGGCUAAGCGCAAAGCGAAAAAGCAUGAGUUUAAAUCUAGCAACGAUUCUCCGGCUCCGCAAAACCAUUCGGAGCCUGUUGAGACGAACAAUAAGCAAGACGAUCUCCCACAGGAGGCUCCUCCCGAGCGCAAGGGCGACAAGGGCGAUGCUAGUGAUCCUGAGAACCUCUACGAUUCAGUGGACCCCUUAUUUGAAAUGUACAGAGAUGUAAUCAGCAAGUUCGAGAAACGCGAAAAUGAAGAGUCCGCAUCCAAAGAAAUUGACAAACCCGAGGUCUACUUCGAUGACGACGAUGAUAUUCCUGACGAGGAAGAGGAAGCUUCUGGCCCAAAAAUAUCGAAGAAAAAGCGAAAGGAAAUGAACAAACUGUCCGUGGCAGAGUUGAAGGCGUUGGUUCGGAAACCAGAAACGGUAGAAUGGACCGAUACGUCAGCAUCAGACCCACGUCUCCUCGUUCAUAUUAAGGCAUAUCGAAACGUCGUUCCUGUACCUACCCAUUGGUCGCUAAAACGGGAGUAUUUGUCGUCAAAGAGAGGAGUUGAGAAACCACCAUUUACUUUGCCGAAGUUCAUACAGGAAACCGGCAUCGCUGAGAUGCGAGAUGCAGCUUUGGAGAAGCAGGAUCAAGCAACCCUCAAACAAAAACAGCGCGAGCGUGUACAGCCUAAGAUGGGGAAAUUGGAUAUUGACUACCAGAAGCUCUAUGAGGCUUUUUUCAGAUUUCAAACUAAACCCGAACUGACUCGCUACGGCGAGGUCUACUACGAGGGCAAAGAGUAUGAAACUAACCUACGGCAUCUCCGACCCGGCGAACUGAGCGAUGAGCUGAAAGAAGCCCUCAACAUCCCCCCUGGCGCUCCUCCUCCGUGGCUUAUAAACCAGCAACGAUUUGGACCUCCCCCGUCAUACCCUGCACUCAAAAUUCCAGGACUAAAUGCGCCGCCUCCUCCCGGCGCAAUGUGGGGGUAUCAUCCCGGAGGAUACGGUAAACCUCCUGUUGAUGAGCACAACCGCCCCUUAUACGGGGGUGACAUUUUCGGUGUAUUACAAACGCAACAAAAUAUACAGCAGGGGGAACCUGUGGAGAAAGAACUUUGGGGAGAAUUACAACCCCCAGAAGAGGAAUCGGAGGAAGAAGAAAGCGAGGAGGAAGAAGAAGAGGAGGAAGAAGAUGAAAGUGGAACUGGGUUGCAGACCCCGAGCGGGUUGGAGACUCCAAGCGGGAUGGUUUCCACCGUCCCAUCCGAAUUGGGAGGCGCAGAAAGCGUUGUGGGUGAAUUUGAUGUUCGAAAGCAUCAUCGCGGGACUGAAACCGAGGAGUCAGCGCUUCCGAGGCCUGCAUACCAAGUCAUCCCAGAGCACCAAACGCAAGUUCAGGGUUUUUUCGGUGGCGAUCGGGCGUAUGAUCUCAAAGCUGCACAGAGCAAUCUUCCAGUACUUGGUUCAGAAGAUCAUAGUCGAAAAAGAAAAAAACCCGGAGAUGUGGACGUGUCUGUUGACCCUGAUGCGCUACUUUCCCAUGAUGGAAUCAGUAAGGAUAGCUUAAAAACCCUGUAUGAAACCCAACGGCAACAGGAGCAAAACCCUAAUUGGGGAUUCCAAGAGGACCUGAGCGAUAUGAUUGCCAGCGAGAGCCGAAAGCGAUUAAAGAAGGAUGACGAGCGACGAGCCAAACGGUAA